CGUCUGUGUGUUCCUGUGGCAACAGAUUCGAGGGCCAACGUGGUUGCAUCAAUUGGUCAAGUUGAUGAUAUUUACAUUAAAUGUUAUUGCUGCCGACUAUCAUCUCAAUGACAACGAGUAUGAAAUGAGUAAGAAAUGAUAUUACACAACACCUUUGCAGAACGAAAGAAAAAACUCAUAAUUCUGUCUAUGGUAUGUUACAGCAACUCAAAAACCAUGUCGUUAUAUAUCUCUUAUCUGUUCUUUUCGAAAAGCAGCAGCGUGUCACAUACACACACAUUCAUUUCUUCAUUUUUUUACAUUCACAUACUGCCUAGACUCUUUUUACUUUAUUAGCAGGUACCCUAACUUCACCAUUAUUGAAGAAGAGUAACACUCUGCGCAAGCACAAAAAAAGAACAACAAUCUACUGUUAG